AUGGUUCCAGGCUUGCAGCAUGUUAUAGUGGAGCUUGAAAAAAGAGUUUGCUCUGGAAGAUUUUACAAAAAUAAAACGUUCCCUGCUGUGCGUCAACAAUUUCUUAGAGCUCUCAGAGUGAAGGGUUUAUGGCAAUUACGUUUCAAAACUCUGUGUCUAAGUUCCAAGAUUCGAAGUCACGGCUGA